CCCCCCCGGACCACCUGUGUCGCGUGCUUCGGGAUAACGCGGAGGAAUGGGAAGGCGUCUCGGCAUGUCGGACACGGAGGUGUCGCGUCGAGCACAGCGACUGUGAUGAAAUGACACGAGCGUCCCUCGCAGCUGGUCCGCUCCUCGUCAUGGCGCCCAGAGACCCGCUGCUCGGCGCCCUGAAAGUGUGUGUCCUGAACCUGCAGUCAGACGGAGACACGGUGACGGACACGCACCCUCACCUCGCCUCCUGCUGUGAGCUCCUUGAACUGGUCCUCAGGAAGGGGCUGCAACAGCCAGUUCUCAGUCUGGUGCACAGAGACUACUGGCAGUGUUUCGAACAGCUUCCUCACCAAGAUGCCUGUGGCAGGCUGUCUGCUCUGUCCCUGGCAGUGGAGCAGACCAGAGUUUGCGGGAAGCUGCUCUCGUCCCAGGGCCGGGGCCGCCACCUGCUCCGACUGGCCCUCGGCCGCAAGGCCCUGCCACAGUUCAUCACACACCUGCUGCACACGCCCAGACUCCUGGAGUGGUACUGCCCGGCGUUGUCAAUUCUCCGGAAUGAGGAAUUUGUGGAGCCGUUCAUGUCCCUGCUGCUGGUCCUCUCUCACAUGGAGUUUCAACUGGACAUUGAGAAUUGCAGUUUUCUGGAUGAGAGCUGGCUGACACCGGUGUGUGAAAUAUACAAGGUGGUGCCCUGCCGGGAAGUGGGGAUGGUGUUGAGGUAUCUCGGUGGGCGCGUCUUUGUCCUCGACCUGGCGCCAGGCGGCCAGGCUCACGUGGACAAGUUCAUCCGUCCUGGUGACAUUAUCGAUGAAAUCAACGGGACCUCGCUAAGGAAUUCCAAGUGUGGACAGGCGGGCGCGGUCCUGUCGCGGCUGAGGGGCAGCCCCCUGACCAUCCGCGUCCUGCGAUGGAGGGCCCAUGAUGGAACGGCGUAUCGGCCCCUCAUUAAACUCCUGCGGGCCCUGAGGAUGGAAAACCCCACGCUGCGGCUGGAUCCUGGCCCUUCCCCACAGUCUGCCCCCCAGGACCACAGGCCCUCUCCGACACAGUGUCUCAAAGAAGGAAGAAUUGUGCACAUUGUGCAGCUCUUGGGAAAAGCAAAUAUUGGAAAGUUUGGAGGGAAGGAGGUGCUGCAGCAUGCGAUUCAACAAGUGUUGCGGAAAAACCUGCCGAGCAAGGAGGUGCUCUUCGAUAUGAAGGAAACACAUUUGACAUGCACAGACAGAGACAGCAGAGUGGAGCUGUUUGAGCAUCAUUAUCCAGAGAUCUCAUGCGUGGGGAGAUACGGUCAACCAGACUACACGAUAUUUGCUUUCUGUGUGGCAGACUCCCCAGAAACCCCUCAGUCACCGGGCUUCUGCUGUGUGGCACUCCGAGCCAGCACCAUCAAGCAGUGUGAGGAGAUCGUCUGUCGUGUUGCUACUGGCUUCAAGCAUACAGAGUGGUUUGUAUGACAAGAAGCAAGUGUCAUCAAUUAAAUGUAAAUAAAUGUAUAUGUGACCAUGUA